UUCCAUAAAGAUAUCCACCUCCUUGGUACCAUUUAACCUACCUUGAGAGACCUUCAGGAAAAUGCCUCAUUUUUCUGUGCCUCCCUUGCUGGAGGAGUUUUCUCCUCGUUCCCACGCCUCAGACGGGGGCAAACCUGGGCUGAGGACUUCACGGCGACCCUGGGGAACUCCGGCGCAAGGGUUCAGCAGCGGACUUUAAGAAACAAUACGUAACAAACAUAUGGAAAAGUGCACAGAUCCUGAGUCCCGCCAAACCACUUUUCACAGGCUUGUUUGUGUAACCUGCAUCCUGAACAGUCUCAGAUGCAUUCCUGGCCAGCUGAAGCAGAGAACAGUCACUCGACCAAGUUUGUACCUUGAUGGCUGCUCCAUGGCUCUCUCUCAUCCUGCCACGCCCCCAAUGCCUGCUCUUCCAGCGUUAGUGUGGAGGCCUGCACUAUGGCUUCAUCCUCCUCCAUCCCAACCUCUUCCACUCAGUCCAAGAAGCCUCGAGACAAGAUAGCUGACUGGUUCAGGCAGGCUUUGUUGAAGAAGCCUAAGAAGAUGCCAGCCCCCCAGGAAAGCCACCCAAGUGAUGGUUCACAGAAAGCCACACAGGACGGUCUUCCACCCACGAGCCACGACUCACCCUCCAACCGCAGCUCACCCCCGAGCCACAGCUCACCCCCGAGCUGCAGCUCAGGAAUGUCUCCUACCCUGCCACCAACACACAUGGACACCAGCUGCAGCAGUGGCCGCUGGAGCAAAGACUAUGACGUCUGCGUGUGCCACAGUGAGGAGGACCUAGAGGCCGCCCAGGAGCUGGUCUCCUACUUGGAGAGUAGCAAAGCCAGCCUACGCUGCUUCCUGCAGCUUCGGGAUGCAACUCCAGGUGGCGCCAUUGUUUCUGAACUUUGCCAGGCCCUGAGUAGUAGUCACUGCCGUGUGCUACUCAUCACCCCAGGCUUCCUCCGGGACCCCUGGUGCAAGUACCAGAUGCUGCAGGCCCUGACGGAGGCCCCGGGGGCGGAGGGUUGCACCAUACCCCUGCUAUCCGGUCUGACCAGAGCCGCCUACCCGCCGGAACUCCGAUUCAUGUACUAUGUGGAUGGCAGAGGCCGGGAUGGUGGCUUUUAUCAAGUCAAGGAGGCUGUCAUACGCUAUCUGGAAACACUAAGUUAACACUUAAGUUUUCGUGAGAAAAGUCGGAAAUAGCUCACUCCAGGUGCUGGAUUCCAGUAGCUAUGGCCUCAGAAGCCAGCGGCAGCUGCACUGUGGACCUGGUACAGGAUCAGCUUGCCACCCACUUCCAUUACUGUGGGCUCCACAAGAAGGCCAGGCAGAAGAUGCUCCCCACCACCACCAAGGAGACCAGGGGGAAGAUGGGGAUUCCCCAAGAAGGGCGGAAGGAGCCAGGGACUCUCCCAGGAAGGCAACAAGGAAGUCAGAAAUUGGAGUUGUCAAAGAGAUUGUGACAUCAGGAGGGGCAGCAGUGUCUUGUCUGCUGCUUAACUGAACAGGAAGCUGACACACAGCGCUCUUCUUCUCCGGAGUCAGGCACCGGAGUAAAUAGGUACCACUCCUCACGAGGGGUGAGCCUGACUGAUGCUCUUCUCAGUUGCCUGGGAAACCGGGGAGAGGUGGCAGGUAUCAGGUCCUUCACACUCACACUACUGUAGCUCUUUCCCGGAGACAUCAACUCACUUUACAAAGCUGGAGGAAAGGCACGACCAGCCCCACACUGAAUACCAUUUUCUGAACAACGCUCAUUUGAAAUACAAACCUUGCCAGGUGGUGAUGGCACAUGUCUUUAGGAGGCAGAAACAGGCAGAUCUCUGUGAGUUCAAGGCCAGCCUGAUCUACAAAGCAAGUUCCAGGACAGCCAGAGCUGUUACACAGCGAAACCCUCUCUCAACAACAAUAACAAAAGCAAGCAUAGGGGCUGGAGAGAUGGCUCUGUGCCUAAGAACUCUUGUUGCCUUUGCAGAGGAUCCAGGUUCAAUUCCCAAUAUCCACAUGGUAUUUAUAAAUACCUCAUGGUAGUUAUAAAUAUGGCUCACUCCCUUAUUUAUAACUCUGCUUCCCGGGGAUCUAAUGCCUUCUCUGACCAGGACCUCCUUGGGCACCAGGCACACAUUUGGAACACAUACGCUCAUGCAGGCAAAACAUCAUAUACAUAAAGUAAUCUUUUUCUAAAAAGUUAGGAAUGUAAAUCUAGGGUUAUAGGUGGAGUUGGUGGUAGAACACUUGCUUAACAUGUAUGAGGGCUUGGCUUUGACCACCGACACCAUCAAAAUGAAAAAACCAAACAAACCUGGAAACCAUUCUGAACUCAUGAACAAGUAGGGAGAAGGAAAAGCAGGGUGCAGGACUCAGCUUCUUCACCUGGAUCCUUUGAUACAUAGGACCUCCUCCGACAUCUGCUAGAGCCCAUGCUUCAUAGCACCUGUCUUUAUGAUGAACUGAAAGGAAUCGAUGUUCUCAGUCUAGCACACUGUGACAAGGCAUCCCUAUCUUCUCAAUGAGAACAGAAACAUGUUCAACCAUCACUGACUCCCCUGGUGUAUACCUUGAGCCUCUUCUCUUCCUUUUGCCGUGUCCCUUUAUGAUUUUUUGGUUACAUACAAAAUAUCUAAAGGAUGCUAUAGCGUACUCAUGCACCUACCACCUUAAUAUAAAAAAUACAGUAAGCAAACCUUAUUCCCAACAUGUUUGUUUCCUUCGUGUUCUGAGUUCCAGGCCCCUCAUAAGUUUCCUAACAGAAAUAACCACUAUUCUGAAUUAAUUUUGAAUUUACUGUGAGCUUUUCUGUAUGAGGUUUCUAUAGAUAGAUGCGUCCCAGGAAAAUGUUAUUUAUUUUUAUGACUUUAUCUUUUAUUCACAUUGCAUCACAAUGUGUGUUUCCGUUGUUUGACAUGUUAGUGAGGUACGUCCAUGUUACGAUGUGUCACUCGUGAGCUUCCUCUUGUUCUCAGUCUGCGGUCAAGCGAUCCUUUCACGGGGGUCACAUGUCAGAUACUCCACUUGUCAGAUAUUUAUGAUUCAUAACAGCAAAAUUACAGCUAUGUAGUAGCAACAAAAAGAAUUUUAUGGUUGGGGGUUGCCACAACACGAGAAAAUAUUGAAGGGUCACAGCAUUAGGAAGGUUGAGAACCACUGUUCUAAGAUCGCUUUAAAACAAAUUCCAGGUCCUUUCUCCCUAAACAGUUAAGUCUCUCUAAAUUAUGAGGGUUUUUUUGAGCACGAUAAAGUUCUAUUUUCAUCUUAAUAUGAAAUGCUGUCUAUGAAGUUGUAGUCAGCGCUUUUGUGUCUUACAAAGUCUUUCCUGUGUUAUUCCUGUCAAUCUUGAAAAAAAAAACCGCUGGUUAUAUCUUCUUCCAAAGUAUUUCUAUUCAUAUUUAGACCUUUCCUCCACUUGGGGUUGCUUUUGUUUGUCUGUUACUUGUUUUCUUUUUGGUUUUUGGAAACAGGGUCUGUCACCCAGACCAACCACAAACUUGAGAUCUUCCGAGCUCAGCCUCCCAAGUCCUGGGAUUUCAGGCAGUAUAAGCUAUCAUGCAUGGUGUGCUCUUGGCUUUCAAGUCAGAAAUCCAACUCUUUUCGAUCAGUUACAUCCUAUCUCCACUGAUAGCUCUUUGUUGUUUUCUGUUUAUUUGAGGUAGGAUCCCACCGUGUAUCCCUGGCUGGUCAAGAAUUCACUAUGGAAACCAGGCUGGCCUCAGACUCAGAGAUCAGUCUGCCUCUGCAUCUCCAGUGCAGUGCUGGAUUAAAGGUGUGUGCCGUCAGCCCCAGCCACUGCUGCUGCAUAUUGUCGCAUGUCCGUGUCUAUUACUGCUUCUCUGGUCUCUUUCAAGCAGACCCUGUGUUAGUACUACAGCAUCUUUAAAAAGCUUUAGUACCCCAAGGAUCAAUUCUUCCCACUCUUGUUUAUUGAAAUUACUCUAUCUUUUCUUAAUUUGUACUUCUCUGCUUUGUUUAUUCAUAUUGUCAGUUGCCAGGGAAAAAUCUAUAUUUUUAUUGGAGUUACAUUGAGUUUAUGGAUUUGACUAGGAAAAGCAGGUACUUUUAUGAUAAAGCCUUCCUAUCCAUAAAGGAACAUCUCCACUUAUGUCUUUAAAUGUAUUUUAAUAAAGUUAUAUAAUAUUUUUCAUA